CACUCACACUCUUUAACAGGCUUGACGCCUUUCACAUUCUUUCCUUACCUAGCUUUCUAUUCGUUUAUCAUCCAACAUGCCUUCUUUCCUCGCAAACAAAGUCGCUCUCGCCACUCUUGCCGGGCUCGCUGCACUCCCUUCGGCUUUGGCCCAUGGGCACGUAACUUCUUGGCAGAUCAGUGAUACUACUUACGCUGGUUUCAACCCCUCCUACGCGGCAGAGCUGGGCUCUACCCCCGAGCGAGCCACGACCAACUCUGACCAAGGCUAUGCUGACUACACCACGGAUGUGAUCGCCACGGGUGGUACGGCUACGUCGAGUGACCUUGUCGCGAAUGCUACGGCAGGAGAUACUGUCAUUGUCACAUGGAACACAUGGCCCUCGAGCCACAAGGGGUCUGUCACCCAGUGGAUGGCCCAUUGUCCCGAUGAUCUCUGCGCUGGCACAGCUGGCGCCGACAUGGAUUGGUUCAAAAUCUCCCAGAGCAGCUACGACGAGUCCUCGGACUCUUGGCCCACUGAUUACAUUGCUGAGAACUUGAUUUGGACCUUCACUCUCCCAACCAACUUGGCUGCCGGGCAGUACCUCCUCCGGCAUGAGCUGUUGGCAAUGCACACCACUGGUGCUCCUCAAUUCUAUCCUGUUGCCAUCGAGAUGCAGCUCGAAACGUCCGGGUCCACCACCCCUUCUCCCACUGGCACCUUCCCCGAUAUGUACGACUCCGAUGACAACAUGGCUCUGACUCAGAACAUCUACGGUGGCUCCGCCCUCAACGCAGAGUUUGUGGUGCCCGGUGUCGCUGUCUAUGAUGGCAGCGACUCGACGGUAUCAAACUGGGAUUCCACUGGCCUCGAGAACAACUCUACCAGCUCCUCUUCCACCACCGCUACCUCUCCCGUUUCUGCCACCACCUCCUCUGCCGAGGCCUCUGCCGCUACCUCGUCCGCUGAGAUCCUUGUCGCGACUUCCGCUGCCGAGUCUUCCAUCCAGUCCUCCGCUGUCGAGACCUCUGCUGUCGAGACCUCUGCUGUCGAGACCUCUGCUGUCGAGACCUCUGCUGUGGAAACCUCUGCUGCCGAGACCUCUGCAAUUGAGAUCUCUGCCGUCGAGACCAGCGCUGCCGCAACUACUACCAAUGCAGUUAGCGAGACUGCCACUUCCACCUCCGCUUCGGCCUCUGCCAUGGCUAGCGGAGCGAGGCGGUGCAAGGCCAAAAGGCGGCUGUGAACAGGCAACAGCCCGAAAGUAUUUCCCACAACCUUGAACAGAGAUGGGUAGAGCUGACGCCUACAUUCUCAGUUCAAUUCAAAGUGAGAUCGAGCUGCACACUGAACGUUCUCUUUGCCAGCUGCCUGUCGGGCUCUACGCUACAUGCAUAAGGAUCUUGAAUGCUG